UUUUCCAUCGUGGCGGCGACUAUCGAUGCGACCAGCAUGGAAACUGUGCGGGUGUUCAAUCAGGAGCUCUCUGGGCUCUAUGAGUCAAAGCCGCCGAUAUCGAAGGCCAAGAUGGCCUCGAUUACACGCAGUGCGAUGAAGGCAAUCAAGUUCUACAAGCAUGUGGUGCAGAGUGUGGAAAAGUUCAUCCAGAAGUGCAAAUGCGAGUACAAGAUUCCCGGUCUGUACGUAAUCGAUUCGAUUGUGCGCCAAUCGCGGCACCAGUUUGGUCCGGAGAAGGAUGUCUUUGCCCCUCGUUUCGCACGCAACAUGGAGGCGACUUUUGCGCAUCUCUUUCGCUGCCCGCCGGAAGACAAGAGUAAAAUCAUUCGGGUGCUGAACUUGUGGCAGAAGAACAUGGUGUUCCUGCCCGAGGUGAUACAACCUCUGUUCGAUCUGGCCAAUCCAGAUCACCCGAUCCAUCAGCAGUACCAUGCGCAGGCUGCACUACAAGAGCAAGCGGGAGCGAACGGCAUGAAUUCGGCUGGUGGGCUAAUGCUAGGAUCGCCAGCAGGCCCUUCCAUGGGAAGCGGUCUCGAUGAUCACGGCGGACCGCUGCAGUUGGGUGAAACGAAACAGCUCGAUCCCAACACCAUCCGACAGCUACAACAGUUCCAGCAAAUACUGAUGCGCCAAACAUCCGGCGAUGCCGCUGCGGCUGCUGCCCAAGCGUCGAAGGAUCAGGUUAAGUUCAAUAAGAAGCUACUGGACUUUGACUACGGCAGCGAAGAGGAGGAAGAUAAAAGCUCACCCUCCGUCCCACACGGAGGCAGUGGUGCUGCGGGAGGCCUUCCGGAUCUGACACAGAUGCCGGGUGGCAACAUUGCGCAGAUACUGUCCGAUCCGAACGUGCUGAAGCAACUGCAGAACCUGCAGAAACUGAAGCAGCAGGAGGAAAAGCAGAGCAAACUGACCGAAAUGCGGUUGCAGGAGGAAAAGUUUGAGAAGCAUCUGGCCAGCGUGCUGAUGAAGCUUCCGUUUGCGAAUGAAUGCGAUCUCAGUCGUCAACCGCCGAUCGAUCUGAAUGCCGGUCACUCAUCAGCGAAGGAUGUUGAUACUGAUAACGAUGUGGCGAUAACCGGAGUUGAGAUACUCGGAGAUCCCAUGCCGAUGGGCGGAGGAAGCAGUGGCAGAGGAGGAGGAGGAGGCGGCAACGUGGGCGGCGGUGGCGGAAGCGGGAACAACGAUCGCUACAAAUCGUCCUCAUCGUCGUCUCGGCGCAAGAGCCGGUCGCGCUCACCACGCGAUCGUCGUGGAGGAGGUGGAAGCGGUGGAGGGGCCAGUAGCAGUCGUAGAGGACGCGCGUCCCGUUCCCAUUCCCGUUCACGGUCCGCAUCCCGUUCGCCGAGAUCAUCGCGGCGCCGAUCGUCACGUGAUCGUGGGUCCUCGAACAAGGAGCGCGAGCGCGAGAAGGAACACGAGCGCGAACGCAAGCGCAAGGGAUUGCCGGAGAUCAAAAAGGAACACCUGAGUGUUUGCAGCACCACACUGUGGGUUGGCCACCUUUCGAAGCUGGUCCAACAGGAGGAGCUGUCCGAUACCUUCGGCAAGUAUGGUGACAUCGUGAGCAUCGAUAUGAUACCACCCCGCGGGUGCGCGUUUAUCGUCAUGAACCGCCGGCAGGAUGCGUUCAAGUGCAUGCAAAGCCUCAAGAACCACAAGAUGCACGGUCGAGCGAUCACGAUCUCGUGGGCAGCUGGCAAAGGUGUCAAGAGCAAGGAGUGGAAGGACUAUUGGGAUCUCGAUUUGGGCGUCAGCUACAUUCCCUGGCCGAAACUUGGCCCCUCCACUGACCUGGAUUCGCUCGAAGAUGGCGGCAUGUUCGACGAGGACACGAUGCCAGGAUGGAUGAAGGAAAAGGCUGCCCCGGGCGGUGGUAGCAGUGGUGCACCCGGUGUGGCCGGUGGCAGUAGUGGCGUUGGGAUCACCGCACAAGGAAUGGGAAUGCUGGCCCCUGGCAUGGGGCUGAAGAAGCUCGACGGGUCGGACCUGUCAACGGCGGCUGCCGCUGCUGCAGCCGCUGCCGGAAUGCUCAAUCCUUCGCUAUUCCCACUCGGUGCCGUCGAUACGAGCCAGCCGCCGCCCACCGCUAUGCUAGGCAUGGGGCUUCCACCCUUCCCGAUGGGUGCUGUUACUCGAUUGCCACUAUCGAUGGGAAUUCCGAUGGGACCGAACAUGGUGUCCGGGUUGGGCAUAAACGUUCCACCUCCCGGUAUGAUGCUUCCGGGCAACCCACCUCCCCUGCCACUGGGCGGCUUUGGUGUGCUUCCUCCACCACCGCCCACGGCCGGGCUGAUGGGCAAUGGCAGUGCAGCGAGCGCAAGCCUCUUGAGUGCGGUGGCUGCUGUUUCGAAUAUGAGCAAAUCGUCCGCCGAUGAUAUGGACAUUGAAAUGGAAGACGAAAGCACUCCAAACACGGGGCCCCUCGGACCGGUGGCACCGGGUGGCGGGGGGCACGGUAGUGCAUUUUUCAAUCAGCCUCCGCCACCGCUGUUGCCACCGAGUUUGGGAAAUCUUCCACCGGGGCCACCAGCUGGCAGCGCAGCAUUCUUCGGCGGGCCGCCUCUCGGUGGGGGCAAUAUGUCGGACAAUGGAGGAGGAAGUGGUGACGAUGGCGCCGAUGGUGGUGGUGGCGAUAGUAACGGACGGGGAGCAAGAGACUUUCGCUCGAGUGACGAUGGUGGCCGCGAUCAUCACCAUCGUGGGCGGCGUAGUCGCGAUCGCGACCAGCAGCCGCGUGGAAACUUUGAUCGCGGAAACGAUGGCCGUGGUGGUGGCGAUGCCGGGGGUGGCGGCGGCGGGCGUCGUGAUCGCGGUGAACGUGGUAGCCGUUGGGGUGGUGGCAACAAUUUCCGCAGCGGAGACAACACUCAGGACGAUCGCCCCCUUUCGGAGCGCUUGCGAGAGUUGGCCGGUGUGUUGGAAUUCAGCCAUCAACAGCAACGUGCGGCCGGAGCAGGAGGAGCAACUGGAGGAGGACGGAACUUUGGUGGCCGUGGAGGUGGCGACGGUGACGGGGACUUUGGAAAUGCUGACUUCACGCGCCGAGGAGGAAGCAACUACCAGCAGAAUCGAUUCAACAACAGUGCAGGAGGAGGCGAUCGAGAGGGUGGACGCGGUGGCGAUGGUGGUGGCCGCAAUCAGGGAGGACGUAAUGGUCAGUUUUCAAACCAUGGCGGUGCCGGAGGAAACCGUAACAGCGGAGGAAUGUUUGGCAAUCGGUUAGGAGGCCGGAACAACAAUCAGCGCGGCGGUGGUGGACAAUUUUUCAAUGAAGAUCGUCAACAGCAGGGCGCCUUUUUCGAUCGAGACGAUGGUGGCGGCAACGGUUACGAUUCCGGUGGCAACAACAGCAAUAGCAACUCGAACCGUCGCAAUUGGAACGAGCGUGGCGGUCGUGGCAACAAUGGCAACCGCGACGAUGGCGGCAACCGCGGCCGUGGAAGGCAAAACUGGCGCAGUGGAGACGAAGGCCCCGGUAGUGGUGGUGAUGGUGGGCAACCAUUCAAUGCUCGAGGCAGUAGCAACCGGAGCGGUGGCGGAAACGCGCCGACUCGUGCGGUGCGCUGGGAGGAUGAUGAUGAUAAUUGGAAUGCAGCAUCGGCCGGCGGUCGGUCGCAAAGUAAUCGCGAUCAUCAGCAAUCGGGCGGCCGAGGCGAGGGUGAACAGGAAGUAGCUGAGAAGGGCGAUCGAGCGCAGCAAGAAGGAGGCCCCUCCGUCGGCGAAGAAAUGAUGGUGCGAAAUGAGGAAUCCUCAUCACAUCGUGCACCCUCCGAGCAUGGUGGCGAAACGAGGGGCAACGACGUGAGGGAAAAUGAGAUGCUGGGAACACGGCGUGGUGACGAUGAAUCUUCUAGCGAUCGCCGGUACGGGCGGGAUCAUCAUCGUCGCCAGCGAAACGAUGAUCCGGACGACGAGCGUCCACAACCGAUUCUCUAUUCCCCCGAACAGGAGGAUGACUCCGAACAGACGAACAACCUGCCCGAUGAGGAGGAUGGAAGAACACUGUACGGCAACAACCAACUAUUAGAGCAGCAGCGUGAAAACGACCAUGCUGAAGCAAGGGGUUUUCCUCCAUCAAAUGAACCCCAAGGUGGAUCAUUUUUAACGCAAGACGAUUCGUCGCACGGAGCGAGGGCGUCGGAUGACGGCGACGAACAUCGAUCUGAUUUCAACAGCGAACAGCAACGCUAUGAGUACGAUCAGCAACACGUGCCGGAACUGCAAAGUGGACACAACGUUGAACCGCACAACGAUUGCCAGCCGGAGCAGCAAUACGAUGAGAGGCAACAAAACACGCAGGAAUUCGAACAAACUUCGCCGUCGCAGUCGAGAGAUAAUUUGUCGGCGCCUCCGGAAGUGAAUGAAGACUCGAUCGUUGCUUCUAAAUGUGCUCCAGAAGACCCCGUGGCAGCGGAAACUGCUCCGUCCGAGUAA